UCUUUUCUUUUCUAUGGACAAUAAAAUGGAGAUCGAUUCAGGACGAUCACCCGAGCCUCACCACCUCUCUCCUACAAGCGAUCCAGAGUCAAUACCCACGCUGGAUGGCUGGAUUGAGAGCCUGAUGACCUGCAAGCAGCUGGCUGAGCAAGAUGUACAGAGAUUGUGCGAUAGGGCGAGAGAGGUACUACAAGAGGAGUCGAAUGUUCAGCCAGUGAAAUGCCCAGUGACAGUUUGCGGAGAUAUACACGGCCAGUUCCAUGAUCUCAUGGAGCUGUUCCGUAUCGGCGGCCCUAAUCCUGAUACCAACUAUCUUUUCAUGGGCGACUACGUCGACCGUGGUUACUACUCCGUCGAGACGGUGACUCUCCUCGUCGCUCUGAAGAUCCGUUACCCACAACGCAUCACGAUCCUCCGCGGCAACCACGAAUCGCGUCAGAUUACUCAAGUCUACGGCUUCUAUGACGAGUGCCUGCGGAAAUACGGCAACGCCAAUGUCUGGAAAUACUUCACAGAUCUCUUCGACUAUUUGCCCCUCACCGCCCUGAUCGACAACCAGAUAUUCUGUCUCCACGGUGGUUUGAGUCCGUCCAUCGACACCCUGGACAAUAUCCGCUCGCUGGAUCGGAUUCAGGAAGUGCCCCAUGAAGGCCCCAUGUGUGACUUGCUCUGGAGUGACCCGGAUGAUAGAUGUGGGUGGGGUAUUUCGCCGCGUGGCGCUGGCUAUACCUUUGGGCAGGAUAUUUCGGAGGCGUUUAAUCAUAACAAUGGAUUGACCCUGGUUGCAAGAGCUCAUCAGUUGGUGAUGGAGGGGUACAACUGGUCGCAAGAUCGAAAUGUGCUCCGAAUUACUGUUAUCGAUGCGGCAACCAAGCUGCCAUCAUGGAAAUCGACGAGCAUCUCAAAUACACGUUCCUCCAAUUCGACCCUUGCCCACGCGCUGGAGAACCCAUGGUCUCCCGCCGCACGCCAGACUACUUCCUCUAGAUAG